UACAUUGUCUUGAAAACAAAUAUUAAUAUGUGUUUUAUUCGUGCAAAAAAACGUAAAUCUAUCUGUAUGCCCAACUUGUAACUUAGUGUUAACCGAUAUUGUAGACGUACACGUUGACUUUGAUUCUAUACUUAACUACUAAAAACACCCAAUAUUUUAGUAUAGUUGAACGGUAUAUUAAAAUAGUUAAUAUGAUAACUAUUAAAAUUAUUCUUUUGUUUAAUCUAGUUGCAUACGCGGUGUGUGGUAACGGCGAUGAAUCGCCAAAAGAAGUCGAAACAACACAAUUGGACAAUGACGACAUCGUGUCAUUGUCACGAAUGACUCUUGAAUCUAGUGAAUUACCAAACGAAGAUGAAGUUCAUGUUGAAGAUUACGGAGUUGGUACUUCAAACAUUUUUAAUAACAUUGCUAAUAGAGGUACGCAGUUUAAUAAUCAGGGUAAUGAAUGUGUGCAAGUUUUUAAUCCGGUUAGUGGAGGUGAGCAGGUUAUUACUCCGAGUGGUGAAGUGCAGGAUAACCAAGGUCUUAAGAAAUUCAUGGCCAACCCGACUUAUUGA